AUGACGAAGGAUGGGAAGCCCUGGACCACACUCUUCCGGGCGCCCCGCAUGCAUGCACCCAGCGGAGCCUGGCUUGAGGCAUUUUCCAAGUGGGAUGCCCAGGCCAUGCUGAUCGCAGUUCCGUGGACGCUUUUGGCGGUGUCUCUGACCUUCUUUGUCUCGGUUUAUGCGAUUGAGGCAGCAGUUGAGGAAACGGCUCCUUCCUUGCUACGGGCACUUGAGGGAGUCAUUGGAAUUCUGCAGUACUUGGUGGCGCUCUGCGCUGUCCUCUAUCUUCCGGUGGCUCUGCUGCUGGAGCGACCGAGCUCCUGCUGCUGGGCCAGCGGGCCGCGCAGACCGCCGGAGGGCUGGUUCUCCCUGCUGGCCGUCCUGGCCUGCGCCGGGGUGGCGCUGACCUACGCGCGCAGCUUCCACACCCUUCCGGACCGCUCGAAGAGGCUCGGCUUUCUCACCUUUGUCCACGGGUCGCUGGCCUUCCGUGCCGGGGCUACCCUGGAGUUCCUGCUGCAGAUCGCAUGGCUUUGGGCCGCAGCAGGCCUGCGAUGUGAAGAAGGUGCUAGUGUACCUCGCUGGCGGCGCUGGAGCUACUUCUUGCUGACAGCUCUCUGGAUGCUGACAUGGUGGGGGCCAACUGAUGAGCAAACGCCUCCAAGCAAGUUUGACAGCGCCGUAGUUGUCGCAGGCUAUUCUUCGCGCCUCAUUCUCUUUGUCUACUGCGUGGCACGAGCAUGCAGGAAGUGCACCCGGCAUAUUCAGUGCUUCUGCGGCUGCUGCGCCAUGUGCCGAGACGAUUGGAGGUGCUUGGAGAACCUGCCCUGCACGCCAGGUCGAGCACGCUUGCGAUAUCUCCUCUACUACCUCUUGACGAGACCGCCAUUCUUGAUCAUCAUGAACCUCCCGAUAGGAUACCCACACGCCUUCCUGGCCUCCUUCGCUCUGGUCGUGCGCUGUGGCCUUGUGCUGCUCGUGGCCAUUGCCCUCCGCCCAGCACCUUCGGUGAAGGAACAUGAGGUUGAAGUCGAGACCCGUGGCAAAUUCGACAUCCUUCUCGCUCUCCGACUUUGCGACUUCUCCUGUGAGACCUACCUCGGCGCUCCCAUGCCCGCCGUCAUAGUUGUGAGUGGUUGUGGCCAUGCCCUGCUGAAUGGCGAAUACCGCCAGGAGGGGCGCGACGCAGAGGAUCAUCCGGAAUAUGUGCAGAGCUCCGGUGACGGACGCCUGCGGUUCUCCGAGGGCACGUGGGAGGCUGCUUGGGCCCCCUCGGGUGUCUUGGACCCGAAGUUGCGUGCCUAUGCGGAGGACCAGGUGCGCUCUCCUGACCAGGUGAUGAUGUGGUUCGAAGUCCAUGGCGAGGAGCACACAGCCAAUGCCAACAUGCGAGCCGAGCCGAGCAGCAGCGAGCUACAGCGGGGCUUCGUGAAGUCCGGCGGGUGUGACCAGCUGGAUGUGCAGUGGCUGAUCACCGAGCAUCAUGGGUGUCUUGCCGAGGAGGCAGCAGAGGACCAGGGUCAACCGGAUGAGGAGGCUCCUGCCCACACUGCCGAAGCUUCCAUCAGCGCAGCUCCCAGGAGAGAAGAUGAAGUCUCCCUAGUCGUGGCUUUCCGCGGUACGAACAGCGUGACCAACGUGGCCACGGACUUGCGCAUCUCGCUGACCCCGCUGGCUGAGGAGUCCAAGACCGGGCCUUUCGGCUCCGCGCACGGCCAGCAGCCAGUCUGCUUCGACCUGAAGGACAAGGUGAAGGCAAAGCUCUCUGUUUUGGACGAGGUGAGACCGAGCUCAACCUCGACCAAUCCGUUUUCACCAAGUCACCGAGCUCAAGCCCGCGCACCAUUGCGCGAUCGCCAAGACAGUCAGCUGAGUGAUUCCGCAGACGAAGACUCGGACUCGGACUCGUGGCUAUCCGGCUGCUGUCGCGUGCUUGCCAGAUGCUGCUCGCGUCUCUUCUUUCCGUUCCUUCCCUCGGACUUUGAAGACGACGACGAGGAGUUGAGCUUGGAGGCCCUGGAGAGGGUUCGCGUCCACAAGGGCUUUGCGGAGGCCUAUGCUGCCGUAAGGGCUGAUGUCCUCGUGCAGCUUGAGGAGCGUCUUCAAUACUGGCACGAAAAGGAUGUGCCGGUUCGUGUUUAUGCGACAGGUCAUUCCCUGGGAGGUGCCAUUGCCAACCUAUUUGCGCUGGAUCUCAGCGCAGCUCCAGAGCACGACAGUGCAAGGCGCUUGCCUUUCAAAGAUCCGGUGGUGGUCUACACGUUUGGUAGCCCACGGGCAGGCAAUGCAUCGUUUCGGAGCGUUUACAACUCCCUCGUGCCACAGACGUUCCGCAUCGUGGCGUCGAGAGACGUCGUGCCCACUCUUCCUCCAAGCAUUGCAUACAGGCAGCUUGGUAGAGAAGUUUGGGUGGACGAUGCUGGCGAGCUUACUUUCGUGAUGUCCUGGGCCAUGCGGCACAUCCUGCCAGCCCGUGACAGCAUUUGGUAUCAUGCAAUGCUUUCGUACUUCCGGCUCCUCAACCGCUCGCAUAUUCGCAAGACGGGUCAGAUGUUUCCAUCUGCAUUCCGUGGAGAGCCCUCCGUGCGAGAGGCCCUGGAUGGGAAGCUCACGGCAUCGUAA